AGCGGCGGCGGCGGUAGCGGUGAGGAGCUGUGCCUUCCACCUCUCCAGCCCCGGCAGGACGGGGGCGGCCGCCGCGAGCCCCGGGCAGGGACAGCACGCAGCCUCGCCGCGCACACCCCCGCCCGGCAGCGACCCCGACACCCGGAGCGAGCGGGAAAGCGGCGGCGGCGGCGAGGGAAGGAUGCAGGGGAAGAAGCCGGGCGGCUCGUCGGGCGGCGGCCGGAGCGGCGAGCUGCAGGGGGACGAAGCGCAGAGGAACAAGAAGAAGAAAAAGAAGGUGUCCUGCUUCUCCAACAUCAAGAUCUUUCUGGUGUCCGAGUGCGCCCUGAUGCUGGCGCAGGGCACGGUGGGCGCCUACCUGGUGAGCGUCCUGACCACCCUGGAGCGGAGGUUCAACCUGCAGAGUGCCGACGUGGGCGUGAUCGCCAGCAGCUUUGAGAUCGGGAACCUGGCGCUCAUCCUCUUCGUGAGCUACUUCGGGGCGCGCGGGCACCGGCCGCGCCUCAUCGGCUGCGGCGGCAUCGUCAUGGCGCUGGGCGCGCUGCUCUCGGCGCUGCCCGAGUUCCUGACGCACCAGUACAAGUACGAGGCGGGCGAGAUCCGCUGGGGCGCCGAGGGCCGCGACGUCUGCGCCGCCAACGGCUCGGGCGGCGACCAGGGCCCCGACCCGGACCUCAUCUGCCGCAGCCGGACCGCCACCAACAUGAUGUACUUGCUGCUCAUUGGCGCCCAGGUGCUCCUGGGGAUCGGUGCUACCCCGGUGCAGCCCCUGGGCGUCUCCUACAUCGACGACCACGUGCGCAGGAAGGACUCCUCGCUCUACAUAGGAAUCCUGUUCACGAUGCUGGUGUUUGGACCAGCCUGUGGAUUUAUCCUGGGCUCUUUCUGUACCAAAAUCUAUGUGGAUGCUGUCUUCAUUGACACAAGUAAUCUGGACAUCACUCCGGACGACCCCCGCUGGAUCGGAGCCUGGUGGGGUGGCUUCCUGCUCUGCGGUGCCUUACUCUUCUCCUCUUCCCUCUUGAUGUUCGGGUUUCCACAGUCUCUGCCCCCGCGCUCAGACCCCGCCGUGGAGAGCGAGCAGGCCAUGCUCCCCGAAAGAGAGUUCGAGAGGCCAAAGCCCAGCAACGGGGUCCUGAGGCACCCCCUGGAGCCGGACAGCAGCGCCUCCUGCUUCCAGCAGCUGAGAGUGAUCCCAAAGGUCACCAAGCACCUGCUCUCAAACCCUGUGUUCACCUGCAUCAUCCUGGCCGCCUGCAUGGAGAUUGCGGUGGUGGCUGGCUUCGCUGCCUUCUUGGGGAAGUACCUGGAGCAGCAGUUUAACCUCACCACCUCUUCUGCCAACCAGCUGCUCGGUAUGACUGCGAUCCCGUGUGCCUGUCUGGGGAUCUUCCUGGGUGGUCUCCUGGUGAAGAAGCUCAGCCUGUCUGCCCUCGGGGCCAUUCGGAUGGCCAUGAUCGUCAACCUGGUGUCCACAGCUUGCUACGUCUCCUUCCUCUUCCUGGGCUGUGACACGGGCCCUGUGGCUGGGGUUACUGUUCCCUAUGGAAACACCUCAGCACCUGGCUCAGCCCUGGACCCCUACUCGCCCUGCAAUAAAAACUGUGAAUGCCAAACCGACUCCUUCACUCCAGUGUGCGGAGCAGAUGGCAUCACCUACCUGUCUGCCUGCUUUGCUGGCUGCAACAGCACGAAUCUCACCGGCUGUGCGUGCCUCACGACUGUCCCGUCUGAGAAUGCGACUGUGGUUCCCGGAAAAUGCCCCAGUCCCGGGUGCCAAGAGGCCUUCCUCACCUUCCUGUGUGUGAUGUGUGUCUGCAGCAUGAUCGGGGCAAUGGCACAGACGCCCUCAGUCAUCAUCCUUAUCAGGACAGUCAGCCCGGAGCUCAAGUCUUACGCCCUGGGAGUUCUUUUUCUGCUCCUUCGUCUGUUGGGCUUCAUCCCCCCACCCCUCAUCUUUGGGGCCGGCAUCGACUCCACCUGCCUGUUCUGGAGCACAUUCUGUGGGGAGCAAGGCGCCUGUGUCCUCUACGACAAUGUGGCCUAUAGAUACCUGUACGUCAGCAUCGCCAUCGCGCUCAAGUCCUUCGCCUUUGUCCUCUACACCACCACGUGGCAGUGCCUGAGGAAAAACUAUAAACGAUACAUCAAAAACCACGAGGGCGGGCUGAGUACCAGUGAGUUCUUUGCCUCUACUCUGACCUUAGACAAUCUGGGGAGGGACCCUGUGCCCGCCAACCAGACACACAGGACAAAGUUUAUCUAUAACCUUGAAGAUCAUGAGUGGUGUGAAAACAUGGAGUCCGUUUUAUAGUGACUGAAGGAGGGCUGAACUCUGUAUUAGUAAUCAAAGGGUCAUUUUUCCAAAAAAGAAAAAAGGUUUCCAAAAAAAAAAAACCUCAGUACACACAGAGAGACAUAUGCGCACACGCACGCACGCACACAUAUACACAACCUUUGUCUUUUUUCUCAAAAUCAGAGCCAGACAGGAUUCAAAAUAAGGAGAGCAUGGGAUCGUGUGUUUGACGUGCGACCUGCUGGGGCUCAGAGUCUGCUCUUUGAAGGCACCUCCUGGUUUUUCAGGAUGCCGACAGCUGCAAGCAACAGGCACUGCCAAAUUCAGGGAACAGUGGUGGCCAGCUUGGAGGAUGGACAUUUCUGGAUAUACAUACACAUACAAAACAAAAAAAUAUUUUAAAAAGUCUACUAUGAAACACAAGUUGACAACAUUGCCAGGAUAAGUACUAGUGACACACCCUGUGCCACCCUCCCCCUCCACAUGGGGCUGGGGAGGCAUGCAAGUCGGAGGAGCGGAAGGCCACUCCUCUCUCUAACUUUCGCAAUAUGGGUCACUGUGUAGACGACUCACCCAGUCUGCAUGUGGUUCAAGGCCCCAGAGUUCUCUCAGCGAUGCUAAUGGGUGAUCUGUGCUGGUGUCUGUAGUUGGCACCUCUCACCAGCUCCAUUUCCAUGUUCAAGACUGAGGGCCCAAGGGGGAGCCGGGCGUGGGGGGCCAGCACCUCACCUUCCCCUGCGGCACCUCCCACUGGUGGGCGCCCACUUCCCCCCAGCCCCACAGAGUGACCUCAGGAAGCAGUGGGCCUCACCUGGCUAUGACUGACUUCGCUCAGAGCCGGUGAAACCCAACAUAGUCCAAGUCAUUGCUUACAUUUGCCAAACAUUUUGCCAUUUUUAAGGAAAAAAAUGCAAUGCAUAUGAAUUUCAAACUGUUGUAUGUAUAAUCCUCUAAUACUAUUUUUAACUACUUCUGAAAUCUGUGUUAACCCUUCAGUCACUAACACAGUUCUCUAGACUGAAUUUAUUAUGCUGGUUGCUUUUACUUUUUUCCUUUUUUUAAUGCACCAAAAAUAUAAUGUCAUUCAAGGGAUGCAAUUAAUCUAUUGUAAUUUUUUAUCAUUUUAUCUUCAUUUGGAUAUUCUGUGAAAACAAUAAGAAUAUACAAUGUGUUACAAGAAGAAAAAAAAAAUGCUUGAAAAAGAGUGUAUAUGCAGCCUGCCUUUAAAAGAAUCACAUUGGAGACGACAGGGGAUAAUGUGAUGAAUUGCAAAUUUGCCUUCUCGCUUUAUUCCCCAUGAUUCAGUGAUCACUGUCACGGGAAGCCCUUUUAUAUUCAUGUUUCACAUUCUUUUCAGCCUGUGGAGGAGCCACGCUUAGAUGUGGGUUGUGUGUAUGGGUGCAGUGCUUCUGGGGCUAGGAAGGAGAGAGAGA